AUUUAUGUACAUUGUGUAUGAUACAUUAAUCAUCAAAUUAUUAAGUUUAUAGUUAUUAUACCCAUUAUCAAUAGAUAUUUAUUUCACCAGUACCUGGGCAUGAGAACAAAUUUCUAAUAAUGGAUACAAAUAGAGUUUAACCUCAAAAUUCUAAACUAAAAGAUAUCUUACAAACUAAUGAUCCCUUAUUUUAUUUUAAAUUAUUAUAAUUUUAUUACUUUGAUAAACUAUGAAAAUUUUAUCACUGAGAAUAAAAACAGAUUGAAUACAAUUGAUUGAAAGUGGAAAUAAUUAUAGAUUAAUUCUUUAUCAAACUACAUUUUUGAAAUCAAUAUUGAAGUUGUAUUCAAUUUUGUCUUAAUUACAAAAUGUGCCUUUGUGCCUUUUAAUAUCGAAGCUUGUGUUUAAUAUAUUUUGUGCUCAAGCAGUUUACACUCAAACUGGGAGGCAGAAUUAAAUUAUUAGAAGAAAUAAAAAUUACAACUUUUAGAUAAAAAAAUUCAUUAAUAUAUGAUCUUUGUUCAGAAGUCAUCGGGGAGAUGUAGAAUUCUAUGGUGAAAGUGAAGAUUAUAAAAAAUCUGUAUAAAAAAAAGGUAUUUUUACAAGGUGUAAUAAAAGGGAUGAACCUAGCUCAAUCUUCCCGAUUGAUUACCAAAAAUCAAAGGCGUAGUUGUCAACAAAUACAUUUCAUAUUUAAAGAACGUAUUUAUGGAACAUCGUCAAUAUUAUCAUCUGAAGAAAAAUCCACUGAGAAAAACGAAAGCGACGUUUCCACAAUAGAUGAUAUGUCAGAACCUACGAAUUGCUGCAUGUCCGGAUGCGCAAAUUGCGUAUGGAUUCAAUAUGCAGAAAAAUUGAGCGCCACUCUUGAAAAGAGCGAUGUAGAUGUGCAGAAAUUAAUCAUGGACAAAGUACAGGAUCCUAACAUGAAAGCGUUUCUUUCCAUGGAGCUCCGAUUUAGAAAUAUUAUUAAAGAUUAAAGAUAUUGUAUAUAAAAUACUGUAUAUAUGUACAUAUACAAUGUUGAAAUUUUAGACAAUAAAUCCUUAUGUUAAUUUAA